AAAUACAACAUUCAUUAAUAAAGACAAUAUCAUUAUAUUUCCACUCAUUUCAAUCCAGUGUACUACAUUUUCUACUUUCAUGUAUUUUCAUGUCAUAAAACUAAAUAAAUUAUUUGAGGACCCAUGCAAAAGUAUUUGACUGGGUGUUACAGGUCACAAGCUCAACCAACAUCAGACAUCACAAGCUCAGUCAACAUCAGACAUCACAAGCUCAGCCAACAUCAGACAUCACAAGCUCAGCCAACAUCAGACAUCACAAGCUCAGCCAACAUCAGACAUCACAAGCUCAGCCAACAUCAGACAUCACAAGCUCAGCCAACAUCAGACAUCACAAGCUCAGCCAACAUCAGACAUCACAAGCUCAGCCAGCAUCAGACAUCACAAGCUCAGCCAACAUCAGACAUCACAAGCUCAGCCAACAUCAGACAUCACAAGCUCAGCCAACAUCAGACAUCACAAGUUCAGCCAAAAACUGAGACAACAAAUGGUUGCCUCAUAUGUCACUAUAAAGCUAGGUCAAUGGCUGUGUAAUCAAUUCAAAUUUAAUUUCACAUUAAAGAAAGUACAAUUCUAAACAUGGCUGAAACAUACAGUGAACCUGAAUUUGUACCAGGACAUCAUGAAGCCGAGAUCUGCUAUGGAGGUGAAGCUGACUUACACAAGCACUACACUGACUGUAAGAAGAAUCCCGGUCAUGUCAACUUUAUACCUGUUAAUGAUUUUAACUUGGAUCAUCUCCCCUCACAAUACCGUGACGUCAUCAUGUUGGAGCUAAUCAAAGCUUUGUCUGCCCUAACGGUCCUGAUAAAGGUCAAGUACACCAGUCUAGAGAGACCAAAGUCUGUUCCAUGCUUCAGUGGUCAGUAUCCAUGUUAUAACAUCAGAGGAAGUGACGUGUUGAGGACAGGGACGGGGUGGGUGUAUCAUGUGGUCAAGUACACAGAGAGUGACAACAAGGGCACUUGUCCAUGUGGCAAGUGUCAACACUCUGACACACCCAGCAAAGUGUGGGGGGAGGUUUGUGUGAGGACAGCCACACACUUGGUGUUUGAUGACAGUGAGGCGAGACAGACCAGGUGUGUUGUAGGUUAUGAUAAUAAUAAAAGUCCUGGGGUCAGUCUUGAUGGCUGGAGGGUGAGGGUGGUAGACAUUAAGGGAGACUGCUGUGAGUUUACAUGUGUGUCAUGUGACUUAGAGUUGCUUGAUGAACUGGACAAGAUGUGGCGGCACUUGUAUGAUCUAUGUUGGAAAGUAAGGGACACAAUCGCGAUAUUUGAUGCUGACUAUUUUACCGUUAUAGUGUCACAUCCUCAUGGCUGUCCUAAACAGGUCUCUGUAGGACAAUGGACAUACAGACAUGUGAGGAGAGUUUUGACCACCACCAAGUGCAAGUACACGUACACAACGUGUACAUGUCCUGGCUCCAGUGGAGCGACUGUCUACAUGGUGGGAUAUGACGGGUGGUGGUCGUCACUGGCCCACAGUGGAUCAAACUCUAAAGGAAAUUAUUGUGGGGAGUGUAUGUAGCUAUUAGUUCACUCCCCUUGUCUAAUGUAAACAAACAAAAUGGCGGCUCUCUUCAUUAAACUUGUGUGUGUCAAGACUUGAAUGUCUUCAUCAGCAACUUUGUAUUCUGGUGAAGGCAAGAAAUAGUUUAGUUUUUUAAAUAUCAUUUGUUUAGACUUGUUAGACACAUAAACAAAAUUAUAAACAAAUGUUUAUUGUUGAGAAAUAAAAUAUUUAUAGGCUACACUUGUAUCUUUGUUUUGUUUAAACCUCCACAUUAGAUUUUUCAUCGCCAUCAUUGUCUUUAUACUAUAAUUCAUAUUUGUAUUUGUUUACAAAACUGUAUUGAUGUCAAUAAAGUAU